AUGUUACAAGUAUCAGACACCAUAUCGGAGGCUCCAGCCGUUCAGACCUCUCUUGUGGAAGUGACCGACUUGCUCUCAACCUCAGCUAAGCUCCCUUGCAGAGUUUUUUUUAAAAACGAAAUUGAGCAGCCUUCGGGCAGUUUCAAGUUAAGAGGCAUUGGCCACUUGAUCCACCAGUCUAUCCGUGAGGCUAGAGCUACCAAUAAUACCAAACCUAUUCAUGUUUUUGCCUCGAGCGGUGGAAACGCUGGGCUUGCGGCUGCCUAUUCCGCCAAAUUUUAUAAUGUAAAAUGCACUGUGGUUGUCCCCACCAUCGCCAUGAAGCUGGUAGUCGAGCAGCUCCUGCAGUACGGUGCCACGGUUCUUUUGCACGGAAACAGCAUCAGCGACGCCGAUAAGUUUGCCAGAAGUCUCAUGGCUGAAGCAGGCGGCGAAUUCAAUUGCAUCUACUGUCACCCCUUUGACAACCCCUUAAUCUGGGAGGGACAUUCCCUUCUUGUGGAUGAGAUCCUACAGCAUCAAUUGAGCUCCGAGGAUGCUAAGAAAGUGAGAGGCGUAGUUUGCUCUGUCGGUGGUGGUGGCCUUUUUAAUGGUAUAAGACAGGGCCUCAUGAGAAACAGAAGCAAGGCCGAUUGCAUUUUGGUGGAGACGGCGCAGGCGCCUACUCUCUCAUCUGCUGUCAAGGCAGGCUCCGUUGUUACAUUAAACUGCGUUAGAUCACUCGCUACAUCAUUGGCCUGCUCUUAUGUUUCUGGCCCAACUUUGGACUUGUUCAACAACCAAAGCACCAACAAGAACCACAUCACCGCUAUUGACGAUCUCGAAGCUGUGAAGGGCUGCAUCGCUUACCAGAAGGAUUUCGGCAGGAUGGUAGAACCCGCUUGCGGUGCUGCCGUGUCAGUGGUGUACAACCAGCUCAAAUACUUGAAGGAAUGUGUGCCCGAUUUGACAAAGGAUGACAUUGUUGUUGUUGUCGUUUGUGGUGGCUCGUGCGCCAACGAGGAGGUUUUGACUCGCUACAAGAGCAUGCUUCGUCUGGAGGCACACUUGUGA